AUCCAAUAUCUUAGGGGGGUCUCAUUAAGUCCAGGUACAAUACCUACAUCAACCGAUCUUCACAAGAAAAAACGAAAGAAAAUGGCGGACUCUUCUUCCUCUUCUACAACGACGUCGUCUUGGGCAUCUAUGCUCACUGGAAAAUCAGACGCUGAGAUAGAGGAACUCCUUGAUCGAAUGCUCACAAGGCUCGCACUUUGCGAUGACUCAAAACUACAAGACUUGCUCACCAAGCUUCUCCCUCUCUCCAUUGCUUCACUUUCCUCGUCUGCCCCUCUCGUCCGCAACAAAGUACUUGAGAUUCUAAGCCAUGUGAACAAGAGAGUGAAGCACCAGCAUGACAUUGGUUUGCCAUUAUCUGAUCUGUGGCAGUUAUAUAGGGAAUCUAAUGCCUCAUCAAUGGUUAGGAAUUUCUGCAUCAUGUAUGUUGAGAUGGCAGUUGAACGUGCAAGAAAGGAGGAUAAAGAAAAUAUGGCACCUAGCUUUUUAGCUAACAUUUCAAAGCUACCUAUUCAACAUCAAGACAUACUAUUGAGGGUCAUUACCAAGGUGAUUGGAGAGUGCCAUUCUGCUCAAGUAAGUGAUGAAGUAGCUGCAAUGUAUCGAAGAUUUGGUGGUCUGCCAGACCACAAGAUAUUUCUUGAAUUUUGCCUACACAUGGUUUUAUAUCAACCAACUUCUCAAAGCAGCGCUUGCCCUGCUGGACUUUCGAUUACUCAAUGUGAUCGUGUCACUGGGAAACGACAAUUGACAAGUGACUAUUUAAGAAAUGUGAAGUUGGGAAUCUUGAAUGUUGUCCAAGCCAUGGAACUGCCUACAGAACUUGUUUAUCCCCUUUAUGUGUCUGCCUCUGCAGAUUGUCAAGAGUCUAUUGUUAAGAGAGGAGAGGAGCUUCUGAAGAAGAAUGCUUCUGUUGUGAAUUUGGAGGAUGCAAACCUCGUGAGCAAACUGUUUGUGCUAUUUAAUGGUACUGCUGGAACUGACCAGAUUCCACCAGAGUCUAGAGUCAGUCCUGGAAAUCCAUCUUUGAGAGCAAAACUGGUGUCUAUUUUUUGCCGAUCAAUUACAGCAGCAAACAGUUUUCCGUUGACUUUACAGUGUAUUUUUGGCUGCAUAUAUGGAAGUAAUACAACAUCAAGGUUGAAGCAGUUGGGAAUGGAGUUCACUGUAUGGGUCUUCAAGCAUGGAGCAAUGGACCAAUUGAGGCUUAUGGGCCCUGUUAUACUGACUGGGAUUCUGAAAUCUCUUGAUGGCUAUUCAGCAUCAGAGUCAGAUACUAUUGCACGGGAGACCAAAUCAUUUGCCUUCCAAGCAAUUGGCUUGCUUGCUAAGCGGAUGCCUCAACUUUUUAGAGAAAAAGUCGAUGUUGCUAGAAGGCUGUUUGAUGCCCUGCAAUCUGAGGCCCAAUUUCUUCGUCUUACUAUUCAAGAAGCUACAAAUUCCCUUGCUUUUGCUUACAAGGAUGCACCACAACAUGUAUUAAAUGAUCUGGAGUCGCUUCUUCUGAGAAGUUCUCAAGUGGAGGAAAGCGAAGUGCGCUUUUGUGCUAUCAGAUGGGCGACCUUGUUGUUUGACAUGCAGCAUUGCCCAAGCCGAUUUAUUUGUAUGCUUGGAGCUGCUGAUCCUAAGCUGGAUAUAAGGGAAAUUGCAUUAGAAGGUUUGUUUCCUGAUGAAGAUCAAAGGAAAGCAGUAAGCAAAAGCCUCGACUUGAAGUACCCAAAACUUUCUGACAUGCUAGACUAUAUUAUCCAACAGCAGCCAGCUGUGUUGGAUUCUGCUAGUGUGGGAGGUCCAAAGCUUCAUUUUCCAUCUAAAGCUUAUGUGGCUAUGAUCAAGUUUUUGUUAAGGUGCUUUGACGCAGAUAUGAAGCAAAAUAAUUUGGUAGAAGGUGCCGAUUUUUCAGUUGCAGUUGAGAGAUUAUGUUUGCUUCUAGAACAUGCAAUGGCUCAUGAAGGUUCUGUUGACCUGCAUGCUAAUGCCUCCAAAGCUCUUAUAUCUAUUGGAUCUCAUAUUCCCCAGGUGAUGGCUUCACGAUAUGUUGAUAAAAUCACAUGGAUGAGGCAAUUUCUGGGACAUAUUGACUUUGAUACACGCGAAUCUAUAUCUCGUUUAAUUGGAAUUGCUUCCUGCUCACUUUCUCUUCACAGUUUGUCUGAUCUUAUAACUGAGUUGAUCUCCACAAUUGGUGCAGCACCUAAGUUAAGGUUUGAGAUGCAGCACGGCGUGCUAUGUACUUUAGGAUAUGUUACUGCAAAUUGCAUGUCAAGAGCUGUUUCUGUAAGUUUUUUGUCCUUCGGCAUUUCUCCAAAGUGCAUCCAGGUGCUUUUGUUAAAUUUCCCUGUCAUUUGAUGUAAAAUGCGUGGU